CUCUUUGCUCGUCUAAGCCAAGAGCGCUGGCGUCGUGCCGUCGUGUUUAUGUGUAUACGAGUGUUUUUGAAGUUAUAGGGUGACAGGGUUGUCAACAAAGUCCUUUCACAGUAUUUGUAAUACGUUUGCGUUCCGAGCGACCGUUUUUUUUUCAAGUUAAAUGGUUAUUUGUUGUACUGUGUGAUAUACACCCUGAUUGCCGAAUACCUGUUCUACCGCUAUGUCUUCUACAUUGCGGCCGUAUCUCACAGCUGUUAGGCACACACUCACUGCAGCCAUGUGUCUUGACAAUUUCUCUUCACAAGUUGUAGAGAGGCACAACAAACCGGAAGUAGAAGUCAGAUCGAACAAAGAAUUGCUUUUAAAUCCUGUGGUCAUCAGCCGUAAUGAAAAGGAGAAAGUCCUCAUUGAAACAUCAGUGAACUCGCUUCGGGUUAGCAUAUCAGUUAAGCAAGCAGAUGAAAUUGAAAGGAUUCUUUGCCAUAAAUUUAUGAGGUUUAUGAUGAUGAGGGCUGAAAACUUUAUUGUAUUGCGUCGAAAACCUGUUGAGGGCUAUGAUAUAAGUUUCCUUAUCACAAAUUUCCAUACAGAACAAAUGUUCAAGCACAAGCUUGUAGAUUUUGUCAUUCAUUUCAUGGAAGAAAUUGAUAAAGAAAUUAGUGAAAUGAAGUUAGCUUUGAAUGCCAGGGCUCGUAUUUGUGCUGAAGAAUUUCUGAAGCGGUUUUAAUCAUUGGUAUGGAAUGCUGACUGCCAGAUAUGCAUUUUACAAUCAAGUGUAAGGAACUUCUUUGAAAAAUUUUGUAAUGUUUAAUAAAGUAUUAAUUGUAAUGACAAGAA